AAGAGGAAGUGCGUGGAUCUAAUCAAUGGCAUUUUAAGAGCAAAGGGUUAAAUACAAAUUAAUAGUUCAACAUAAACAUGGGAAAGAACAAGGGGGAACAGUGACAGAAAAUCAUGCGCAAUAACCGAAUAAAAAAUAACCUUGAGUCCCCCCCUGGCCGUUUUCUAUGCCUGGCCCGCACUUGCCUCGGGAGUCGGUGCUGCGGGAGUAAGCGACCCCGACUCACGCUCGCAACACAUGUCGUCGUCUCGUGGAUUCUAAAAUCGGCCAAAAUGCGGAUAGAAAGGUGUUAUUUCUGCUCCAAGAAAGUAUAUCCUGGACAUGGGAUACAGUUUGUGAGAAAUGACAGCAAGGUCUUCAAAUUCUGCAGUGGCCGCUGCAACAAACAUUUCAAGAGAAAGAGGAAUCCCCGUCGCACCAAGUGGUCUGGGGUAUUCAGGAAGGCGUCCGGUAAGGAGCUCACUGUUGAUCCUGCCUUCGAAUUUGAGAAGAGGAGGAAUGUGCCUGUUAAAUACAACAGAGAGCUCUGGGAGAAGACCGUGGAUGCCAUGAAGCGAGCUGCAGAAAUCAAGGAGAAGCGAGAGAACCAUCAUAUUAUGAACCGCCUUGUUCACUCCAAGGAGGUUGACAGAAUCAGGCACUUGUCAGUGGUCUACAAGCACUUGAAUGUACUCUACUCUCCGGCAGCAGGAUUGAGAAAGGGAAAUAAGGUACUGGAUGUUGAAGAGGCCAUGGAGGACGAGGGUGUGAUGAACCCACUGAAGGCCACUACAAAGAUGGUUGAAGAGAAGAUUAAGAAGCGGAAGCUCAUGGCUGAGGAAGCCAUGGAAGAGGGUGAGGGGGCCAUGAUAGCAGAGGAGGAGGAUGACUGAGGAGAAAGGCGUGAUAGUAAAAACGGAAAUGGUGAAUGUGAUGAUUAUAAUGUAGAUGAUGAAUAAACUAUUGGCUGAGAGA